AUGCCAUCUGUGUACUGCCAUUACACAUACUGCGAGGCUGAGGCAGUGCCGGCCGGUGAAAAUGUCCUGACUGGCUUUUGCUACAGACAGAAACAUUGGUCCGCGUCUGGAGAGGCGCGGCUUGGCCUGAAAUGCCUCGGCGUGACGCCAACUCCGAACGGAAGUGCCACCGUUAGCAUCCAGUUUGUCUGGAUGCCUCAGCAGAAAGCCCCGCCUCGCGGCCAGCCAAAGACAUGGAUACGAGAAGACGCCUGGCGGCAACCGGUCUGCAUGGACGCUAGAGGGGGCGAGCAUUGGGUGGCGGACUGGCGUGAGCGACCACGAUAUGGCACUGCGCUGCGGCCCGGAACGGAGGACGCCAACAUCCCGGGCGCAGCCAUUCCCGUUGACCCUGGCAGCAAAGAUGGGAUCGUAGCAGCCGUCGAUGUGCGCACCGGCCGGCCCCUACGGUCGGGUGCGACCUUUUCUGUCUCUCUGCCCUUGCUAGUGGACGCAUACAACAUGAAGGCAAUGCUGGACCUUCAAUGGGCGUGCAUCAACAUUGCUUCCAUGUCUGGUGCCUCCGGAUCGGCUGACUUUCUGGCCGCCGACGAAUUCGACGACGCCUUUAGUGAGGGCCUUGUCGCCGCCGGGAUUGUGCCGUCUCUUGGUCCGUUGGGAGUGACGAGCAAGAAGCGGCCGAAGGAUCAGACGAAGCAGCCAUCUAUGAUUCCUAGGCCCAAGAAAUCAACCCCCGCCGCUAAAUCCCAGCUGGUGCUCCGCCCAAAGCUGGACCCGGCGCACGGAUCGGCCACUGCCAUCGUCAUUGCAGAGCAGCCAGGGGUCCCGAAGAGUAUGUCCGUCACCGUAACGGAGGUUUCCAUACCCGCUGCAAAAAAGGUGCAGCUCCCAUGGGUGCCGGCGCAACCGUGGAGUUAG